AAAAAAAGAAGGAGUAGCGCUCACUCGCGGUGAAACCCCAAAGGUCAUCUCAUCUCAGCACCUUGUCAACGACAAUACGGAGUUGUUCUGUAACUAUUUAAUAACGCAAUGGACAGUUUUGAUAAUCUCAGUGCGUCGGAUAAAGCAGAGGCGACGGAGCUUCAGCGUAUGAUCGCGAUAGAGCAACAGAAAGCGCAGUUCCAGGCCCAGGUGCACACUUUCACUGACGUCUGCUGGGACAAGUGUGUGGACAGUCCGGGCUCGAAGCUGGACUACCGGACAGAGACGUGCCUGGUGAGCUGUGUGGAGCGAUUCAUCGACACCACCCUGACCAUCACCAACCGCUUCACGCAGAUGGUGCAGAAGGGUGCUCAUUAAUAAUGGACUAUAUAGAUGUUAACCGGACUGUGUAAUGACAUUGAUGCAAUGUUUGUAUUCCCAACAUGGUGAUGGAAGAUUAUGUGUGGAGAACAUGUUUUUAUUUAUUUUUUUACUGUUCAUGCUUUCGACGGGUGGUGCUUGAGCGGUCCAAAAUUAGUUAAAAUGGGAAAACUGCAUGCUUGUAGAUGCAAAUGGCAGCAAGACGUACCUGUUUGAGUUAAGGAGUCAUGUAGUGUGACGUUAGUAAAGUAACACCGUGUGCUCAUGUUCACCAUCCUGUCUGUGAUCCUUCAUGUACUAAACAAAAUGUGGAAUACUGUUGAACAGAGCGCCCACUCACGACUGUUUGAACGACAGAUCUGGGUUCAGUGACGAGUUUGGAUUUGUCACUUCUGUGUCGUUCCAUCAUCCUCAAUCAUUGGGUGGAGGAAGGAUAGAAAGGUGAACUGAUUAGAAUUUUUAGAAAAAGACAACCACAGCUACAUUGGUGAAUAAUAUAUUGUUUUCAAAUGAUGGUUAAAUAAAUGGCUUAACCACA